GACAAAGUUUUAAUGUGUUUCCCGCCAAAUAUUUUUCGGCCAUAUGUUGAUGGCUUCUGUAAUUUGUGUGAUGUAGCGAUUUGAUUCACAGUUUACUAAUUUUAUUACAGCAACUACAAAAAUAAGAAAACCCUUGCAUCAGUCACAAUUGUACUAACUUUUUUAUAAUAAUCUAAAAAGAACGAUUUUUCUUGCGACAGAAGCAUCGUAACCAACAACAUGAGUCUCCCAGCUCUCCUGUACAUUCUGAACGACAGACUGAAGCAAUGACCUCUCCUGCACCUAAUAUAGAUGAACCAUUUGAAAAUGAAUCUGAUUUACUUGAUGGAGAUAAUGUUAAUAAUGAGGAAGAGGAAGAGGGAGAGGAAUUAUUUGGAGAUAAUAUGGAGGCGGAUUAUCGGCCUAUGUCAGCAUUGGAUAGAUAUGAUGCCAAUUUACUUGACGAUUCAGAAUACUCAGAAAUGUCUCAGGGUGAACGUGUAGCUGCGGAAACAGAAAUGCGAAAAAGAGAUCGUGCAGCUGGUAUCAUAAGAGAUGACCGUGAUCUACUUUAUGAUGAAAGUGAUGAAGAAGAUGUGCAAGCGCGCAAACGACGUAUGGCUGAAAAAGCUGCUGGUGGCAUAAUAGAAGAUGCAGAAAUGAUUGAAUCCAUUGAAAAUUUAGAGGAUACCAAAGGACACUCAGUAAAGGAAUGGGUCAUGAUGCUAGGACCACGAACAGAAAUUUCAAAUCGCUUUAAAAGUUUUCUUCGCACUCAUACAAAUUCUAAGGGACAAUAUAUGUAUAAAGAGCGUAUUCGCCAUAUGUGCGAGAGUAAUCAGUCCAGUUUCAUAGUGGAAUUUCCCAUUCUUGCCAGUAAGGAACAUGUUUUGGCCUAUUUUUUACCAGAGGCACCAUUUCAAAUGCUCGAGAUAUUCGACGAAGUUGCAAAGGAACUAGUGUUGACGAUUUUCCCCAGUUAUGAGAGAGUCACAUCAGAAAUUCACGUGAGAAUAUCGGAAUUGCCAUUGAUCGAAGAAUUACGCACAUUCAGAAAACUUCACUUGAAUCAACUAGUACGAACUCUUGGAGUUGUAACGGCGACUACGGGUGUCUUACCACAAUUAUCGGUGGUGAAAUACGAUUGUACAAAAUGCGGCUACGUUCUCGGGCCAUUCGUUCAAUCUCAAAACACAGAAGUCAAACCGGGUUCGUGUCCCGAGUGUCAAAGCAUUGGUCCAUUCAUGAUUAAUAUGGAGCAAACUAUCUACAGAAAUUAUCAGAAGAUAACGGUACAAGAAUCUCCAGGUAGAAUUCCUGCUGGUAGAAUUCCGCGUAGUAAAGAUUGCAUUUUACUAUCUGAUCUUUGUGAUCGUUGUAAACCUGGAGACGAGAUAGACGUUACCGCUAUUUACACCAAUAAUUAUGAUGGUUCUUUAAACACUGAACAGGGUUUCCCAGUUUUCUCCACCGUAUUAUUAGCUAAUCAUUUAUUUGUCAAAGAUUCGAAGGAAAUUGUAGACUCAUUGACGGAAGAGGACAUCUCGAGUAUACUCGCUCUGAGUAAAGAUCAGCGGAUCGCGGAUCGCAUCGUCGCGAGUAUCGCGCCUUCGAUCUAUGGACACGAGAACAUUAAAAGAGCUUUGGCACUGGCAAUAUUUGGUGGCGAAUCAAAGAAUCCUGGCAACAAGCACAAAGUUCGCGGCGAUAUAAAUGUCCUGUUGUGUGGAGAUCCUGGUACUGCUAAAUCACAGUUUUUGAAAUAUGUGGAAAAAGUGGCGCCUAGAGUGGUUUUCACAACGGGUCAAGGCGCCUCAGCUGUUGGUUUGACUGCUUAUGUAAGGAGAUCACCCGUUAGUAAAGAAUGGACCUUGGAAGCUGGAGCUUUGGUUCUUGCCGAUCACGGAAUAUGCCUCAUCGAUGAGUUCGACAAAAUGAAUGAUCAAGAUAGGACAUCUAUUCACGAAGCUAUGGAGCAACAAAGUAUUUCUAUCUCGAAGGCCGGUAUCGUUACAUCUCUCCAUGCAAGGUGUGCAGUGAUAUCGGCAUCUAAUCCUAUCGGUGGCCGAUAUGAUCCCAGUAUGACCUUUGCAGAAAAUGUGGAUCUAUCGGAACCGAUUCUCUCGCGAUUCGACGUAUUGUGUAUAGUCAAGGAUGAAGUUGAUCCUAUGCAGGAUCGGCAUUUGGCCAAAUUUGUCGUUAACUCGCACAUCAAACAUCAUCCGACAAGCACGGAGAGAACACAGGCUGUAGAAUUGGACCCUGUCACGCAAAGUCUAUGCAUUCCACAAGACCUUCUGAAAAAGUAUAUUGUUUAUGCAAAACAGAAUGUACAUCCAAAGCUGGCUAAUAUUGAUCAGGAUAAAGUCGCUAAAUUGUACAGUCAAUUGAGACAGGAAAGUUUGGCGACUGGAAGCUUGCCGAUUACUGUACGUCAUAUAGAAAGUAUUAUUCGUAUGGCAGAAGCUAGUGCUAAAAUGCAUUUGAGAGAUCAUGUUCAAGAAAACGAUAUGAAUCUCGCUAUCAGAAUAGUUCUCGAUAGUUUCGUGGAUACACAAAAGUAUUCUGUUAUGAAAUCUAUGCGCCAGACGUUCCAGAAAUAUCUAUCAUACAAGAAAGAUCAUAGUGAACUCUUAUAUUACAUACUACGACAAAUCACUUUAGAUACUUUGGCGUUUCAAAAAGCUUUGCAUGGCGGACGUAUCACGACUGUCGAAAUUUCAGAGAAAGAUUUAUUGGAACGGGCGAAACAAAUUGACAUACAUAAUCUACAUUCAUUUUAUGAGAGUGACAUAUUCAAGACAAACAAUUUCGUUUACGAAUCAAGAAGGAAAGUAAUAGUGCAGACUUUGCCAGAAGGUAUCGAAGAUUGAAUUGGAAAAAAGCAUUAAUUUGUUUACAUAACUAUUUAAAUAAUAUAAAACUUUUAU